AUGUGUUAUUGCAGUUGUGAAGGUCGAAGUGAAAAAUGUACAGAAAUUUUAGCUCUAGAAUACUGUAUUAUAUAUACAAGAUUAUAUAUACAGGAAAUAUUACUAUUAUUUAAUUCAAUUAUUAUCUUAUUAUUCUUUUACAUGAUUUUUGAAGAAAUAAAAAAUAGGAAACUGAUUACCAUAAAAUUUAUUUCUCGUGUGUCUAUUUAUAAAAAAGACUUUUACUUGCGAAUUUAG